CCUGCGGGAGAACAAGGGGAAAAUGGCGGGAGAUGAUGAACAGUACAAGGUCGAAUAGAAACGCAUCAGAAUAAAUAGCAAUUCUUCUUCUUCUUUUUCUUCUUCUUCUCCACGGUGGUUGUUAAUUGUGAUUGGUGAGCGAAGUGCAGAAAACGAUGGAGGAAGCGACGGAGAAGAGUUGGAGAAUGGAAGUGGAGGAGAAGCUGAAGAGGCUGCAAUCUCUUCUCUUCGGCGCCGAGCGCGCUCUCCAGAACGAAGACUUCUCCUCCGCUUACGUCCUCACGCUUCGCCUCCUCGGCUUCCUCGACGCGCACUGCCACUCCCACGUCGACCAAGCCUUCAUCCACCCGAUUCGCCGCCUCGCACUCGCCAAGCUCCACUCCGCUCACCGAUCCCUCACUCCUCAAUCUGAUCGCCAAGCUUUUGAGCAAGCAAAGAAGUCUCCAGGAUGCAUUUUUGGCACAGCAGGAGAUAUUGACAUUGAGAAGAUUCGGAAUUCGAAGUAUUUUCGUGCUCUGGUCAAGGAAUCUAAGGAAAGAGAUGAGAAUCGAUUAGUAAGACAUGUUGACAAUCACACUGUUGAUCUACCGGGGAAACAGGACAAAGCAGGCAGCAGAGCCUUGAAGCAAAUGGUGCAAGCUAAGUUGCCAUCUAUGUAUGGGAUAAACAGCUCGAGGACUAGUAACAGUUCCACGAGUUCUUCGAACAUAACAAGUAAUAACUCUGAGGACUGCAUGAUUCUUGAUAGGCCUCAAUUUCAUGCCAGCCGUACAAAGAGUCCUUGUGUCUCUUCUAUCUUGCACGGUGAAGGAGAAGAAAGAGCUUUUGGAAACACAUUUUCCACAAAACGUGUAUACAUGGAAAACAAUAGCCCCAGAGUUGGAUAUGUGAAGUCACCGUCAAGUAAGGAGGAAGUUAAUCCUGGUUUUUGUGGCAACGGGUUUGUUACUGCUAGAGCAAAACUGGAAAUGGAAGCAAAGAAGCGAGGAGUAGGUGGUUCACCCAGUGCCUCUGUCUCACCACAAUGUGAUAACAAUCCUACCAACAGGUAUCAUGGUGGGAGAUCAUAUGGUGUUUCACGACGUGGCCUCCGUGGUAGUUUUGUUCCCCCUAUUAAAUAUAAUGGGAACAAUGGUGGAUAUAUGAGCUCACGCAUUGCUGGAAAAUGUGAUGAUUCUUUAGAUGACUCUACAAAGAAAUGUCUGGAAAUCUUGUGUGGUCCUGAUGGUGAGCUUCCUGAGAAAUUGAGGAAUUUGGAACCUCGCCUCAUUGAACAUGUUAGUAACGAGAUUAUGGAUAGAGAUCCCAAUGUCCGGUGGGAUGAUAUUGCUGGAUUGGAGCAUGCCAAGAGUUCUGUUAAUGAGAUGGUCAUACUUCCUCUGCAACGUCCUGACUUAUUUAAGGGCUGCCGUGCCCCUGGGAGGGGUCUGCUUCUGUUUGGUCCACCAGGAACUGGUAAAACAAUGAUAGGAAAAGCCAUAGCAGGGGAGGCCAAGGCAACAUUCUUUUACAUAUCUGCAAGUUCGUUGACCAGCAAGUGGAUUGGUGAAGGUGAAAAGCUAGUAAGAGCCCUUUUUGGAGUUGCCAGUUGUCGUCAGCCAGCAGUAAUUUUUGUUGAUGAAAUAGAUUCACUCCUUUCUCAGCGUAAGUCAGAUGGUGAGCAUGAAUCAAGUAGACGGCUAAAGACGCAGUUUCUCAUAGAAAUGGAAGGCUUUGACACUGAUAGCGAGCAAAUUCUUCUUAUAGGGGCAACAAAUCGUCCCCAAGAGCUUGAUGAAGCAGCAAGAAGGAGACUCACUAAAAGACUUUACAUUCCCCUACCAUCCUCAGAUGCAAGAGCUUGGAUUGUACGUAAUCUUCUAGAAAAAGAUGGAUUAUUCAAUCUAUCACAAAACGAAAUGGAUAUCAUAUGCAACUUAACGGAAGGUUAUUCAGGAUCAGACAUGAAAAACUUGGUGAAGGAUGCUUCCAUGGGUCCCCUAAGAGAGGCUUUAGGACAAGGCAUAGAAAUUGCAAAGUUGAAAAAGGAGGACAUGCGGCCCGUAACUCUAAAGGACUUCGAGAAUGCCCUCCAAGAAGUGAGGCCUUCUGUUUCCCCAAAUGAACUUGGCAUUUAUGAUCAAUGGAACAAGCAAUUCGGAAGCCUAUCACUGUAGAGUGUAGAGUGUAGUGGCUAUGUGUUAUCACUAAAUGGAGAUGGUAGCAACUAGCAAUGACAUCAACCAGAUAGAGCUGUGCCUCAAUACUUGCAGUAUGGUAAUCUUUAUGAUUAAAUCAACUCACAUUGCGCUUUGCACAACCCAUUACAUACAAAAUCAAUUGGAAAACAAUGACCAGGGGGUUUUAUGAAAUUUAGGUCUCACACCAACCAUGUUUUGCUGGCCUUUGUGAUCUUGAUUACGAACAUGUUCAAUUAUCAGGAUUAGCUAAAAAAGCGUCUGUAAUUGUUUGUCUGAAUAUUUGCUGUUUUGCUUGAUUCAGAAACACAACUACACUUUAUGAACUAAAUACCACUAGUCUUAGCAUUUAAA